GGGAGGAGAUCCGAACCUGCCUGCGCCUUAGCCGGGAUGCUCCAGCUCUAGCCAGUAGCCAACAUCAACGGUGCAGACCAACUAUGAGCAACUGAGCCAGAUGUUUGCUAGUAAUAAUCCAAUAAGUCCCCUGAGUGCGUGGAGAACCUUCAAUGGGUUGUGAAGCAUAUGCACGAGUCUGUCAGGCUGAAGCAGAGGCAGCACACGGAGCAUGAGCCUAGUCUGGCGGAGCAGAAGGGGCCAAGUAGACUGCCAAAGGUCAAGUUACAUGUCCCCAAGCACAAAUGCUGCCUACAGAGUAAGAUCAACGUGCAGUUUUCCAAAGAGCUACUAGAAUUGUGUUUGCAAGAAGGAAUUACAAUUCCUGCUCACAUUAAAUACCACAUACGCCUGUCACCUGAACAAGAGCUAGAAACUGCACCAAAGUACAUCUCUGACAUGCUGGUGCCGUCUCGCACUCUGAGGAUCUCUGAGGAUCUCUGGGACUGGCCUACUGCUGGCACCCAUGGAUCUACCCUGUGUCAAAGAGCCUUUCAGACUGGAGACAGACAAAGACCAGAACUGCUGUCAAUCAGAGAGUGCACCGUGACCACGGCUCGGCCCAGCAGCCCACGGCAGCCCUCCUCCUCCGAGAUGGAGGAGGAGGCUAGCCCAUCACCUAGGUCCAAGCCUCGCUACACAGGACAGGUCCGCCUUUGCACUGCCCGUUACAGUUACAACCCUUAUGAUGGACCAAAUGAACAUCCUGAAGCAGAGCUCCCACUUGUGGCUGGGAAGUAUCUGUAUAUUUAUGGCAACAUGGAUGAUGAUGGUUUUUAUGAAGGAGAGCUGCUGGAUGGCCAACGUGGACUGGUUCCCUCCAACUUUGUGGAGUUUAUCCAGGACAAAGAGAAGCCAGCAGCAGGUGAGGGAGGAGAGGACUUGGGAUCACUGGAGCAUACCUCAGCCCUCAGUCUGACUGCAGUGGACAGUUGUGCUUCUCCAGAGGGCCUCCUGAGCUCAUGUAAAGCCUUGGUCCCCUGUAGCAAUGGGACAGGAGAGGCCCUGGACCCUGAGGACCUGGCAGAAGAUGUAGUGCCUUAUCCCCGAAAGAUUAAUUUGAUAAAACAGCUGGCACGCAGCGUCAUAGUGGCCUGGGAACCUCCAAUAGUGCCUUUGGGCUGGGGGAACAUCUCUGGCUAUAACGUGUUGGUCGAUGGGGAACUUCGUGCAAGUGUCCAGUAUGGCGGCAGGACCAAGUGUCUACUGGAGAAGUUAGACCUGGAUGGUUGUGUCCAUCGCGUGUGUGUGCAGUGUGUCACUGACAGAGGCUUCUCUGAUGAGCUACGCUGCACUUUGUUGGUUGGGGCCAAUGUACUGGUAGCGCCUUCUGGUCUGAGGGUGGACGACAUCCAGCGGGACACUGCUGAGCUCUCUUGGUUGCCAAGCAACAGUAACUAUUCCCACACAGUAUUCUUAGAUGGGGUGGAGCAUGCAGUGGUAAAGGCUGGAAGAUAUAGAUUACGUUUUCACAACUUGAAGCCCCUCACAGUCUACAAAGUGAUUGUGGUGGCACAGCCGCACCAGGUGCCAUGGCAACUGCCUCUUGAGCAGAGAGAGAGGAAAGAAGCUGGAGUGGAGUUCUGCACACAAGCAGCAGGUCCGAUUCCAUUUUGCAGAACAGGCCCACCUCUGCCACCCCAGGACGUCCAGGUGCACUGUGGACAGGCCCCAGGGGUCCUGCAAGUCCGCUGGAAGCCCCCCAUCCUCUCCCCCACUGGCACUUCCAAUGGGGCAAAUGUCAUUGGUUAUGUUGUAUGCACAAAAGGACAGAAGAUUGCUGAGGUCAUGUUUCCAAUGGCAGACUAUGUCACAGUUGAGCUUAACAGGAUUCAGUGCCUGGAGGCCCGGGAAGUCAUAGUUCGGACACUGUCUUUACAGGGAGAGUCCCAGGACUCCCAAGUUGCUGUCAUUCCAAACAACCUGCUUGUGCCUCCCCCUCAACUAGCCCUGCCACCACCCAUGCAUCCCCACCCAGGGCCUCCUCCACAUGGCCCACCCCUCCUCCAAUCGCCACAUCUUCCUCACCCCCAGCCCCAGUUGCCAGGACCUCCCUCUGCACACGGAUCUCCUCUGCCUCACGGACAGCCACUACCACCCCAGGGACCUCAUCCCCCACACCCAGGGCCACAUCCACCUCCCCACUCACAACCCCAUCCCAGGCUUCCUCAUUCAGGAGGCCCCCCACAAGCUCAGAUGCGACCUCCGCAUCCUCAGCCAGUGCAUCUGGCCCAGCCACACCCACCACACCAGGGUCCUAGGCCACAGCACCAACUGCCUCUGCUCCCCCAGCACCCACCCCAUCCUGUACCUCAGAGACCAGUAAGUGCCAGAGACCUGGAUGCCAAAGACCCAGCAGCUCACCACAGAGGAGCUAUUCCACCCGGUCAGCCUGGCUGGGACCCACAACGCUCCCCCUCCGCUCAGCCGCCGUCACUCCAAGGCCAUACAUUGGAAGCCCCUCCCCACCCGAAUCCUCGAUCGCCCUCUCCACAGCGGAUAUUACCACAGCCACGCGGGACUCUUAUCCCAGACACUGUUGCCAAAGCUAUUGCCAGAGAAGCAGCACAAAGAGUGGCAGCUGAAAGUAGCAAGGGGGAGAGGAGGUCGGGCAGAUAUGGAGAGCAGGGUCAGUCAUUUCAUCCGCAUCACUCUGAUGAAGAGGAGGAAGAUGAAGAAGGCUUUGGACGUGGCCGCAGGAGAGGGCCCUCAGUGGAUGAGUUCCUGAGAGGAUCAGAGCUGGGCAGGCCGCCUCACUAUAGUCACAAUGAGGAGUAUCACAGCGAGAGCAGCCGCGGCUCUGACCUGUCUGACAUCAUCGAAGAGGAUGAGGAGGAGCUGUACUCUGAGAUGCAGCUGGAUGAAGGACGCCGGCGCAACUCGCACAACACGCCCAAGGGAAACAAUGUAGGUCGCCAUGAUCGGGAGCCAGGCAGAAGAGUUCAGCACAGUGGUCCUCAGCGGCGGCCCCUCAUGGUGCCCUCCAUUGAUGGCUACAGAGAUCGGGAUCGCCGCUCACCGUAUUAUGACGAGUCUGAACCCGAGGAGCCAUUUCGGAUAUUUGUCGCCCUUUUUGACUAUGACCCUCUGUCUAUGUCACCAAAUCCAGAUGCUGCUGAUGAAGAGCUACCGUUUAAAGAGGGACAAAUCAUCAGGAUCUAUGGUGAUAAAGACACGGAUGGGUUCUACAGAGGAGAGGUGAGGGGCAGAAUGGGGCUCAUACCUUGUAACAUGGUGUCAGAGAUCCGCGCAGAGGAUGAGGAGACUAUGGACCAGCUUAUCAAACAGGGCUUCCUCCCUCUCAGCACCCCUGUGGAUCGAAUAGAGCACAACCGAAAAGGCCUUCGCCGUGAUCAGGCUUCAAGGAGAAUGGUAGCGCUGUAUGAUUACGACCCCAGAGAGAGCUCUCCUAAUGUUGAUGUUGAGGCUGAGCUGACCUUCUGUGCUGGUGAUAUCAUUGCUGUGUAUGGAGACAUUGAUGAAGAUGGCUUUUAUUAUGGCGAGAUGAAUGGCCACCGUGGUUUGGUCCCCUCUAACUUCCUGGAAGAAGUGCCUGAUGACGUGGAGGUGUAUUUGACUGAUACUCCGUCCCACUACCCCCAGGAAGAGUCUGCCAACCGGCCCCCCACCAACUCUUCCAGCAGCACGGUCCCGGAGAGCAAACGGGUUUCCACGGAAGCCACUGACACAGUCACCAAUGACACCACGCCGAUUCGAGCGCCGUCCCCCAUAGUGCGUCCCCUUCUACCAGGCACCAUGAGGCCCCUGAGCCCAACCAGAGGCCACCACCUUCCCAUGGACCCUCGAGACCCACAAGAUCUGAACAGGAAGAAGAAAGGACUGCUGUCUAAAGGGAAGAAGCUGCUGAAGAGACUGUCCCCUGUGAAAUAGAGAAAAGAUGCAACACUUCUAUGGGCUCUGUACAUUGCAUUGACACAAUCAGUACAGCAGAGUGUAGUAGUCUUAUGCAGUGAAUUUCAAUAUAACCAAUUCUUCAUGUGCGGUGACAGAUAUCAAUCAAUUGUGUACAGUAGAGUGCCAAACACAAUCCCUCAGAAGUCGCAUUCAGACAAAACAUGUGACUGACUUGUAAGGAUGAAUAAAAGAAAAAUAACUAGG